CGACUGUGACAGUUCAGUGCAACACAGAGAGAGGAGCAGCACUGCAGAGAUAAACAGAACAGCAUGUUCAAGUUUUAACCAGGAGGUUCAAACGGGACAGAAACCAGGACGUGCAAUUCUAGAGUAAAAGUGUUGAAAUUCUGAAUGGACGCGUGAAAUCUAUUAUUACGAGAUGAAAAAACACAUUGCCACCUCAGACUGCUCUAUUUGGUACGUGUCAACCUAGCUUACAGCCUUCAGCGCUCUCGCCUGUUGCCUCAAGGUACGUUUGAUAAAGUAAAAUAUUAAUAUACCCAAUUAAGACACCACAGUGAUUUGUAUUAUAACAAUUAUCAAUAGUACCAUUUAAAAAAACAAACAAAACCAAAAAAAAAACAACAAAAAAAAAAAAAAAAUCAAAAAACAAAAACACGUUGUAACAGAAAUGGAUUGACCAGGAAACUGAAUCACGAAGGAGUCGAUGAAUAAACCGGGCGUCAUAGAUGAAAUUAUCAACAGCACUACUGUGUAGGGUACAAUAGUACUUGCAAUAUCAUAACAGGCUGCUUCCCAAGGUGUCUCUUGAAAAAAAACAAAAAAAAAAAACGUGUAAAUGGACGUUUCCGACGAAUGCAGUAAAUGCUUAAAUAGGUAGCAAAGAUAUGUAUUUUGAAACCUUUGAAUGACAAAACGAACCUUUUCGUUGGUAACUGAACAGGAAUAUUGAUGGAGUCAUCAUGCUGAUAUAAGCUUGUCUAGCUCAAUAAAACAAAACAAAACAAAAAUACCGAUAGUAAAAAAAAAAAAAAAAAAAAGCUACUAGCAUGUUAAUCGAACUGUUUUGUUUGAUUAGUUCUCGGAAACGCUUAACUGUCAGUUUAAUCCCGUGUGUAAUGAGUGUCAUGGUGUCUAUUUAAAACACAGACACAGUACUUCAAAGGGGAAUGCACAGUUCAGAAACCGGGAGACACACAGACGCAAACAGCUAUUUUGAAACAGAUCAAAUGCUGCGGGUUCGCUUUCCCUUGUACUUUUACAGUCGCGGGACUGAUUAAGGGAGCAGCAAUUAAGCAAAAGCUACCAUCUGACUAAACUCGUACAGAGAUAGCAAGGAAUCAAUCGCUUGACCGUUACUUCAUGUUACAUAAAAUCUAAAGACACAACUGUGCUUCCAAUUUGAGUUGUUUAAAAAUAAAAGUAGAAAGAGAAAACGUUUAACCUAACAAUGACAACAAGGAAACGAUAGUCGCUGCAGGGAACGGGAAGUUAAUAUUGUGGCUAAAUAACCGGAUUCUAUUUCUUACUGUACAUAACUCAACCCACAGGACAUUGGAACCUGCCAGUCAGCCGUGCGGACCUGUUGUUUCCUCUGUCAUAUACCCGAAGAUGGCAGAGAAGCUGAACCCCAAUGUGCUGUAUGUGAGGGAGCCGCGCGAGUCGGUCUCCUCACUGGAUUCUGACCGCCUGACCCAACCCGACGGCGGUGAAGAAUCCUCGGACAGUGACGGGGAGCAGGAGAUCUCGCACAAACUCAUUCGGAAAGUCUCAACAUCAGGACAGAUCAGGGCUAAGAAAAGUGUGAAGGAAGGCCUGCUCCUGAAGCAAACCAGCUCGUUCCAGAGAUGGAAGAGAAGGUACUUCAAACUGAGGGGGAGGACUCUCUAUUAUGCCAAGGAUUCCAAGUCUUUGAUAUUCGAUGAAGUGGAUCUGUCGGAUGCCAGUGUUGCAGAGACAAGCACAAAGAACAUUAACAACAGCUUCACAGUGAUUACUCCAUUUCGGAAGUUGAUCCUCUGUGCAGAAAACAGAAAAGAAAUGGAAGACUGGAUCAGCACACUGAAAUCUGUCCAGAAAUGGGAGAUUUAUGAGGCCAGCCAGUUUAACAUGGAGCAUUUCUCUGGGAUGCAUAACUGGUACGCCUGCUCUCACGCGCGCCCCACCUUCUGUAAUGUCUGCCGGGAGGUUCUGUCUGGGGUCACCUCGCACGGACUCUCCUGUGAAGUGUGCAAGUUUAAAGCCCACAAACGCUGUGCUGUGCGAUCCACCAACAACUGCAAAUGGACUACACUGGCUUCCAUAGGAAAUGACAUAAUCGAAGAUGAGGAUGGAGUGUCCAUGCCUCACCAGUGGCUCGAAGGGAAUCUGCCGGUCAGUGCCAAGUGUGCGGUGUGUGACAAGACGUGUGGGAGUGUGAGGAGGCUGCAGGACUGCCGCUGUCUGUGGUGCAAAGCCAUUGUACACAGCGCUUGCAAGGAGCAGUUUGGAAAAAAGUGUUCCCUGGGUCCCUUCCGUGUGUCGAUCAUCCCUCCCACUGCCCUCAACAGCAUCGACUCCGACGGUUUCUGGAAGGCCACUUCCCCCUCUUGUUCCAGCCCCCUGCUUGUGUUAGUCAACUCCAAGAGUGGGGACAACCAGGGAGUGAAGUUUCUACGCAAAUUCAAGCAGCUACUCAACCCUGCCCAGGUCUUCGACUUGAUGAAUGGAGGACCCCAUCUUGGUUUAAGGCUGUUCCAGAAAUUUGCUACCUUCCGAAUCUUGGUCUGUGGAGGGGAUGGAAGUGUGGGCUGGGUGCUGUCUGAACUUGAUAAACUAGGACUGCAUAAGCAGUGCCAACUGGGAGUGUUGCCACUUGGCACAGGAAAUGACCUCGCCCGGGUGCUGGGCUGGGGGGGCCUGUGUGAUGACGAUACCCAGCUGCUGCAGAUCCUGGAGAAACUGGAACGUGCCACCACAAAAAUGCUGGACAGGUGGAGUAUCCUGACAUACGAGGUGCCAUCAAAGCAGCCCCCUCCAGCCAUUAAACAGGAGGAGAAUGGAGACUCUGCUCUGCAGGUUCAGCUGACCCAGUACUCUGAUUCUGUUGCUUUCCACCUGGCUAAGAUUCUGGAUUCCGACAAACACGCGAAUGUCAUUUCAUCAGCCAAGUUCCUUUGUGGCACAGUCAAUGAAUUUGUUGCUGAGGUGGGGAAGGCUUAUGAACGGGCCACGGAGAACAAAGAAGAGGCUGAUACAAUGGCCAAAAAGUGCACAUUGCUGAACGAGAAGCUGGACUCCCUAGUGAAAACCCUGAGUGAGGAGGCGGACGCAGUGCUCGUGCCCUCUGGCUCCCCUGUGAUGUCCUCCAAAGAGACCAGACAGGGGGGGAAAAAGGAGGAAGACACCCUGCCCAGGAUCUUCAGAUCCAAGGACCAGCUCAUGCUGAGAGCCAAUAGCCUGAAGAAAGCCCUGAGGCAAAUCAUUGAACAGGCAGAGAAGGUGGUCGAUGAACAGAACAGACACACUCAGGUCUACCGGAUAUCUUCCUCUUCCUCGAUGUCGUUGAAGAAAGACAGCAGCGAGGAGUUCAAAGAAAAAGAAGCCGAUGCUCUGCGUCAAGGGACAAUGAGCUCAACCACAUCCUCAAUCUUCUUGGAGAAGUCAGACAGCUUCAGCUCUGUUCAUUUCACUGAGGAUCCCAACUCCAUACAAUGCACUGAGAAGUGUGUCAUGAACAACUACUUUGGGAUUGGACUGGAUGCCAAAAUCUCUUUGGAGUUCAACAACAAACGGGAUGAGCACCCAAAGAAAUGCAGCAGUCGUACGAAGAACAUGAUGUGGUACGGAGUGCUGGGGACCAAGGAGCUGCUUCAGAAAACAUACAAGAACCUAGAGCAGCGAGUGCAGCUUGAGUGCGACGGUGUGCCCAUGUCCUUGCCCAGUCUACAGGGGCUGGCAGUGCUCAACAUUCCCAGCUAUGCCGGGGGAAUCAACUUCUGGGGAGGGACCAAAGAGGACAACUUUUUUGGUGCGCCCUCGUUUGAUGAUAAGAAGCUGGAAGUGGUGGCUGUGUUUGGGAGUAUGCAGAUGGCGAUGUCCAGGGUUAUAAAGCUGCAGCAUCACAGAAUAGCUCAGUGUCGGUCAGUAAAGAUCACCAUCCUGGGAGAUGAGGGGGUGCCCGUGCAGGUGGACGGAGAAGCCUGGGUCCAGCCCCCCGGAAUCCUCAAGAUAGUGCACAAGAACCGAGCCCAGAUGUUAACCAGGGACCGGGCGUUUGAGAGCACUCUGAAAUCAUGGGAAGACAAGCGCAAGUGUGAUAACUACCGGGAUUCACGGCCACGCCUCAACUCACAGCAGUCUAUGGAGUACCUCACUGAGGAGGAGUAUUCACAGCUGCAGCAGUUCGGACAGGCCGGGGACACGCUCAUCAACAAAAUCCGCGAAGCAGCAAAGACCCAAAAGGCGAUUGAGCAGGAACUGGCCCACCCAGUCAAUGCCAGCGCUCUCAUACUGAAUGAAUCCUUCUCAAACAAGGCCAGUACUCCAGAGUAUCUCAGUCGGAAUGCAGCAGUGGAUAUUGUGAACUCUGUCAAGGUUCUACAGCUGGAAACAAAGAUGCUGCUGGAAGGGAAGCUAUUGCAGCUGGAAUCUCCCCAGGAAGAAGGGCUGCACUCUGCACUGAAUAACCUCAGCAACGAGCUGCAGAAAGUAGCAGAGAUCCACUGGAUCACACAUAUCAUCAACUGCACUGAAGAGGAGGGCCCCAGGAGCAGUAGCAAGAGCAGCAUGAAGGUGAAGAUCAUGCCUAAAGCCAAGAGGGAACGAGAGAAGCUGCAGAAGCAGAGAUCCAACAGCUCACUGCCCGGAUCUUGGGAUUAAAAAAAGUGGGUCAUAUGAGGCGGAUUCUCCAGGGAAUUAAAGAAAUGAGCAGCCACUUCUGACGAGGGACAGCGGUGCCACAUUUGCUUCAAGACCCCUCUGCUACAGGGCCCGUCUUCUGGGAGGGCUGAUGUUGCGUGCAGAAGCCUGCCCAUUUCUUUGUCCUGGGAGGAAGAUGGCAAAACAAGGGCAUGGUCACACAUUUUUCUUUGCAAGCAUGUAGUCUCAUAACCAUACAAAGAAGUUUGGGUGGAACUAGGCCAAAGGGCUUCCAGCGCCUCUGAUUCCUGUCAGGCCCUGCAGCGAGGACUCCUUGAAACCCUCCGUUAGGGUCUAACAACAUGACAAAAGCCACAAACCUGACAGAGUCUGUCACUUUCAGCGACUUUCAGGAAUCCCAAGGUCAAAAUAUCUGGGCUUUUGUUUCUUCUCCAUGGAGGGAUACUGUAUAAGCACCUUGAAGAAUGUAUGUGCCGCUGCUGCUGUUUUUGACUGUCUGCUUUGGAACUUGUGUGGAGUUACAGUAAUGUUAGUGCUGCUGCUGCCCUGGUGCACCAGUGUCUUGUGUCUCCUGCAUGGCUUCCCCUAGUGAUGCAAUCUUAGUGACCUGCCAGAUUUUUGCUCGUAGUGUAGAUUGUGGCCCUAUUGUAAUUCUGUUCAAAGCUUAAGCUGAAUGCAGGACCUUGAUAUUAAACCUGAGCCUCACUGACAAUGGUACUAGGCACCAGUAUUGAUAUUUUGAUAUAUCAAUAUCGAUAAUAAUUUCCGUAUCCCGAUAUCGUGGGAUUUAAAACAAAAAUUCACAU